AUGCUACAAUCUCUGUUUGAGAAACUAUCGUUUCAAAAGGACAUUUAGUUUAAAACGACAGCUCCGUAAGUUAUCCGUAGAAGAAGAUUUUUGAAAGAAACUGCAGGGAAUUGCGAGUUCUGGCGCGAACGUGUGCAAAGUUUACCAACAGCAGAAUCGUUCUAUUUGAAGCGAAAAUAGAGCGCUCUCCAACUCUCUCUUUCUCUCUUAUCACGUACGUGCGUUCACCCUCGUUCGACCCAAGAAUAUCCCACUGGAGGACAGUGUGGAGCGAACCUUUUCUUGCCUUAUAAUCGCCGUCAGACAGUGCGACGUAGCCGAUGAAACCGACACCGCGUCUGUUUCAUAGCCUGUCAAAUAUAUUUGAAGUUGUAGCGGUCCAAAGGGAAAGUCGUCACGAGCUAUAAAAGCGAAGAGUUUGAGUUCUAUUUUAUUUUCUCGUCUCUUCAGGAUAUUCAUCGCACGAGUACAAUGGUGUAGAAUUUUAAGCCAAGAAAUCUUCAUAUCGAGUAAAAGUUCUGUACAUGAUCCGUGCCUUUCACUGUAUCGCAGGUGUUGUAAUUUAACUCCAACACCAAAGUAUGUUUCUUGAUUAAGUGAACCGUAAUUAAUUCUGUGUUAUUAAGAACAAUUUCGUUGGAAACACAGAGUUUAAAUAUUAGUGAAAACAUGAAAUAACGAUCAAGAGAGGUCAACGUAUAUAUACAACGUAUAUAUCAAAACGCAGCUGAUUUCGCAUCCUUUCGAAAGCAACGUGAAUAUUCGAGUCCUAGAGAAGUCGACAACCAACCGGGAGUUUCCCCUCGCAUCCGGUGCAAGAGCGGAAGUUGCUGAAACGUUGAAAAAUUAUUUUUACUCCGAGAACCAGUUCCGAGCUGCGUGACUCGGUCGAAAGGCAGCCGAGCCCGAAGGUGGACCGGCGAAAAUUCAUUGCUACGGUUUCCGGCUGUCCACCGAUCGAACAAAUGUCGAGAAUGUUGCGACUAGAGCUGUUGGGACUCGUGUUGCUGGCCUGUACUCAGAUUCUCACGGAACAUCGUAGUUUUUACGACACUAUACCGCAAUACGGCUACUCUAGACUUCCUGAUCUUCCGGAACGGACGAGAGAGGUGCGCGUUAAGCAGGGCCGCUUACGUGGAAUCGUGGUGCAGCCGAGGACCACCUACCAUCUGCAGCCCGUCGAUGUUUUUCGAGGAGUGCCAUAUGCAGAACCACCAGUCAAAUCCUUGAGGUUUUCUCCUCCAAAAUCGCCGGAAGAAUGGCGUGAUUUAAGACAAUUUCAAGAUUUUGCACCUGUGUGUCCUCAAACGCUGCCAAACCUGCGAGACGAGGUGAAACCGGUUAGAUACGAGUACCUAAAGAAGCUACUGCCGCAGCUAACGAACCAAAGCGAGGACUGCCUUUACCUAAACAUCUACACACCCCAUCAACCCGAAGGUCAGAAGACUCUGCGGAAGUAUCCCGUGAUGGUGUUCAUUCACGGAGAAAGCUUUGAAUGGAAUAGCGGCAACCUCUACGACGGUACUAUAUUGGCAUCUUAUGGUAACAUCGUCUUUGUCACUAUCAACUUUCGCCUAGGCAUUCUAGGUUUCUUGAGACCCGGGAUCAGGGACGAUACGACGAGCAAUUUCGGGUUGCUGGAUCAAAUAGCGGCGCUAGUUUGGCUGCGAGAGAACAUCGCUGAUUUCGGUGGCGAUCCGAACAGCAUUACGCUCGUCGGCCACGGUACUGGCGCCAUUUUCGCUAACCUACUCCUUAUCAGCCCGGUGGCUAAUAAGAAAGGUCUCUUCAAACGGGCUAUAUUGAUGUCCGGAUCAGCGUUAAGCGCCGAUGCUAUCGGAAAAGCACCCCUACAAAUCACCAAACAGGUGGCGCACGCCCUCAAUUGUCCCACCACGACCGACAAUGACCUGGUGUUGUGUUUACGUGACCAAGACGUAAGCACAUUGCUGAACGUGAAAAUCCACAAGCCGAAUUACGUUCCAGCAUUCGCGCCGCUGAUCGACAACGUGGUUAUCCCGGACAAGCCUUUGAAUUUGAUGAAAAAUUCUGAACUAUUUGGCAGGUUUGACCUGAUGUAUGGCGUGACGGAAUCAGAGAAGUUUCACAUUCUGUCACCGAUAGCGUUGUUGCAUGGAAUGGUGGAUGUGCAGAGAGAUGAAGUUUUACGAGAAUAUGCCAAGGCGACGCACGAACUGGAGGCGGAACUAAUUCUGUCGAAGAUUCUGGAACAAUACGGCGAUUUCUCGGCCGGCUUUACGAACGACUACACGCUGAAGAAUCGGGAUCUCGUUCUGGAUGCUCUAUCCGACAGCGGUACCGUCGCGCCAUUAAUAAUGACCGCGAAUUUACAUUCGAGGGCAAAUCCAAAGAGCUACAUGUACAUCUUCUCGCAUCCGAAAGCGAUGCAGGAGUACUCCGGCCAACAACGUCAGUGUACCGUGCACGGCGAGGAGCUGCCCUAUGUUCUGGGCGUGCCUCUCGAUGGGAGCAAAUACGACCAGCGUCGCCGAUACAAUAUCGGCGAAACUCUCUUCUCCGAAGCAAUGAUGAACUGGUGGUGCAGCUUCGCCUACUUGGGGAACCCAAACAUUGCAAAGCGAUAUCCUUACUUGACGGAUGGACCGAAGGAAUGGCGUCAAUACGAUAUCGAUUGGCCCGAGUACGAACCUCAAAAUCAGACCUACCUUAAUCUUACGAUACCACCGAGCACGGAUAGGCACUACCGGUCUGCAGAGAUGCAAUUCUGGAACGAAGACGUACCCUACCUGCUUCGUCCUCCUGGCAAAGGCACACCUUUGCCGAUUCGACCUAAAGGACCAAGACCGCAGAUUCUCGACAUCGCGGAUGGGAUCGGAAAGUAUGCAAAUGCAAGUACGGAAUAUGACAGCUAUGGUUCCAGAUUUAAGGCAGACGAUCGCUACGAACCAUCGACUACUGCAGAUACUACAACUUCCUCGCAAUCGGACGAAGAAGCGAUUCCACAGCCAAGCACGCCAAAAAGUUCCUUCACAAUCACUAUGCUGGUCGGUUUUGGGCUGCUGUUCUUGUUACUCAAUUUCACGGGCAUCGUCUACUUGUAUUGCAAGAAACACGACGCGAAAGCUAAAGGGACUGGAGUGAAAAGACGCGUUAGUCAAAGAGAGGAUUCGAAACGAGCGAAAUCGGACAAGUUCGAGAACCACUAUGGAGAGCUUGGUUACAAGAGCGACAGUAAGCCGGAUCUGAACGACGUGAUAAAGAACGACAAGGCGUACGACAACAACUCGAACUUUGGUAGACGAUCGAAAUUGUCUAGACAGAACUCUGGAUCCACUAUUGAUACUCACGUCAAGGUUAGAGAGUGGAUACAACAAGAGAUCGUGCACAGGUGUUCCCCCAGGUUUCUAAGGAAAACGCGAGAAACCUUGCAAAAGGAGCAUCAGGACAAACUAACGAAACAACAAGAAGUGGAGAAGAAAAGAUUAGAAGAAGAACUAUCGAAAGAAAGGAAAGAAGAGCCGAUCUACGACAAAGAUCCAGCGCUGGUCGUACGUCCUGGCAAGAAAUCAAAGGUCCCAAAGGUCUCCGUAGCCGUUGAUGCCACACCCGCGACAAGAACCGAAUCGAUCCUGAACCAGGUGCCUAUCGAGCUAGCAAAGGGCGUCGAACCGGACGAUUCGUUCAGCAAGAACAUCGACUAUCCUAUAGUCGAUCUCAGCCAGUUACAGACAGCUCCUCAAGUGGUUGUCAUAGAGCAUCAUCACUCGAAGAGCGAUCCGUUACCAAUGGAAAACGUGUUGAAGAGCGUGAAACCGAAUUUCUCCACACCCAGGAUUUACGAGUCCGAUUCUGGCAGCGCUAGCAGUCUUUACGCGAAGAUUAACCCAAAAUUGAAAUCCCGCUUACCUCGUCCUGAACUGGCAGUGAAUCCUGACGGAUCGACCGUGGAUCAGAGCGAGGAAAUUUACAUGAAGAUGGGACCAAAGUUAACUACAUUCGGCGCUAACAGUCCACCAAGCUGUGAUAUAAACGUAACCUGUAGGGAGCCUACGGUAGAGAGGGAAUGCGUCAGCCCGGAGGAAGCCCUGAGGACGAUCAAGCGCAGAAACUAUCCCAAAGUUCUGCCAGACAUCGAGAAAAGACGGUCCCUUCCAGCGCCCAGCAGCUUGUUUGCGUCCAAGCAGCACGUCGGUUCGUUGAAGGAUUAUAGAAGUGGAUCGCAUUCGUCCUCUCAUCAACCACCUCAGCCUCCUCCAAGGAUAUUUGGUCCUUCUAAGAGCCUCGAGUUUGCAGAGGAGAACGAGAGUCAGCAGGAGCCGGAAUCCGUCAUUACUAAUCUCCACGUUGGUCCGUUGCUCAGAAGGCAAGACUAUACAACGAAGAACAAUUCCGAUCCGAGUAUCAUCGACUCUUUGGAUGAUAGGAUAGAUAGAACUAGAACUCAAGCCGGCGGAAGCGUCGACACUAUUUAUUCGAAUCCCGUGUGUUCCGUUAACGAAACGAUUCAACCGACCUCCCACAGCGUGGACAAGGACAUAGGGAAUCCGAUUGCUCUGCUGGAGGCCGGGAUCGGCAAUCCCAACUGGUACAAAUCGUCUCCGUCUGGAAACGAUACUUGUAUAGUGACGGCGUUGUCGGAACCAAGAAUCACUGGCAGAGAAAUGUACAAACAGGCUCAAUUUGGAGGCUCGAACUGGGACACCAGGAUCCCCGGAAUAGAACCAAGAAUCGUUAUCACGCCUAGAGUUGGGAAUCUUCUGGGACAGGCGAAUCAGAACUUGAGUCAAAUCGUGGUGAAUCUAGCAGACGCCACAUCCGAUGAAAAAUUGGACCGAGAAAUUAAAUUCGGUACUCCGUUAGACUCGAACACGUCCAGCAGAUCUAAUAUGAGCUCGAUGGAACAAUUGCAAUCAGAUUUGUUAACUUCGUGCUCGUUUCCCGAUUCAAAAUUAUCAAAUAUCGCGAGCCAAGAACGAAAAGAACCACGAAUAAUAAUCACGGCGAGGGAUACCAAAGUUUCGUCCUCGAGCAUGAAGCAACCCAAAAUUAUCAUCAAACCUACGUCCAGUUUGCAGAGGACCAGGGAUCACAGAAAUAUUCCUAAAGUGUCUGCCAUUCCACCUCCGGAACAAAGUUGUCAGAGCAUCGAUAGGGACAAGAUAGCGGAGCAAAGGGAAAAGCCACCUCUAAAAGAGAAACCGAAGAUCACGAGGAUUCCAUCGUUUUCGAGGCGCAAGGAAGAGCCUUCGGGCGAAAUCGAGAGGCCACCCAUCUCCUCGUAUCCUGAGAAAACGGAAAUCGUGCACAGGGUGGAGGCAGUGGCCAGCGGAAAAGUGGUGAACGUGUCCGUAGCUUGCGAUGGGAAGUCGAGCAUUCCGAUGUUACAACGGAAAGAGAGCGAGAAGUGUUCGAGUACAGAGUCGAGCAACGGAGCCUUGAAUACGGGCACGAUCAAAAAGAAGCCGGUGAACAGGAAGUAGGAAGCGUCUAUCGCGUGCUUCAUGUACCAUUGUUAAACUUCAGCUACGUAUUUUCAACUGAGUAGUUCUAUGCGUUUGGAAUCGGUAAUCUGAUGGUCCGCUUGAAGCUGUAAUUCUGUGAUGAUAGUUGAAACAGAGAAGGAACGGCAAUUAUUUUUGGUCUAACUGGAUAUACAAUUUUGGAAAAGAAUUUUGAACGUGGUGGAGAAAGAAGAAUGACUUUGGUAAAGCUUGGGGACUAUAAAAUUGAAAGUGAGUGCGAUAAGAUGUCGUUUGAGGUUCGAAUCCCUUGAGUUACGAGCAGCCCAGCCGAUAUGAAAUGCCGAGUGUCGAGUGGAAAGAUAAAGGGAAGCUAAUGAAAUUGUGAUCGAGGUUCUUAAUUAGUUUCCGUAGUGGCACAACGAAUGCCCAGUAUAAUAAUGGAUUUUAGUACAACGACAUGAUCUGAAAAUUUUUUUCAUACUUUAGAUAUACGGUUUCUAGUAUUUUAAUGUUUAAAUAAUAUGAUUUCUGUAGUAGAUACGAUCUUUUUGUACUCUUCUCAGUAAUAUUACCAAUUAUCAGAGCAGACUUUAGUUCGCCUGAAUCUUUUGCUACUGGAUGAAAGACAAACCAGCGAAUUUCAAACAAAUUCUUCGGAUGUGAUACGCUUUUCUAACCGCAGCUGUUUAACGAGCUUAUUUUUACAUAGAAUCGUUCAUUGUAUAACCGACAUUCCUAUUUCUCUCGUAGGUUUUUUUUUCAGAAUUCAAACAUUAUUAAAAUUUUCUCUCAAACAUCGCUACAUAAUCUUUAAUUAAAAUUUAGCAAUUACAAUUUAAGAUUAUAUAUACCUUAGUUUCGUAUCUGUAUGCUAAAUGCUGCUUACCUUCGAUUAUUAUUUUUAUUCCUACCGUUUUCUUUUUAAUGUUGAAAGAUCAUUUUUCUCUUUUUAUCUAGAUUCCCGUUCUUACCUGAUUCUCGUUUAAAUAAUUCCUUCUUUUUUACCACGUUAUCGAACGUCUUGUUCGCUCGGUCUAACAUGUACAUGAAGCUGAAAUAAACGAUUUUCAUACUUUUCUA